UUACACCUUUGAAAAUGUGGUCAGUGUGCAUUAUUGUGUUGUUGCACUCGGUACGUUCAUUAUGUAUACACUCAUCUAUACAGAAGAGACUUGAAUAAAUAUUGACAUCCGAUGAACGAUUGUCAUCAGUCUCGAUUUUGAAUCUUUAUUGUAAUCAGUAAAAAGUUACCUAAGACAAAAACAUCAACAUGUCUAAAUCUUGUUGUGAAAGAAGCCACAGCAGAAAGGAAGAGGUUUGCUGCACUGGGACCGGAGAAUGUUGUUCCCUCGUUUGGGGAGGCAUGGCCCAGGAUUUUGAUGAAAAAGGUGCGACUUGCGUAAUUAAUUGUAAAAAUGGAGCUAACUGUUGUACCAAAAGUACAGGAUGUGUGAUAAAAUGCAAAGGAGAAAAUGGCACAAAGUGUGAAAUAAAUUGUGGAUGCUGCUCAAUUACUGUUGAAAAAUCUGUAGACGAUAUCGGCAAUUAUUGCAAAGUUACAUAUUGUGAAGAUGAUAAAUCCGAAAAAAAGAAGAGUAUUCUUACUUGUUGCUUGAGAGAACCUUGCACCCAGGGAAAAUAUUGUGUAGUGAAAUGCGGAGGCGAAAUAUGCUGUGUUAUCAAAGGUUGAAAAUGUAUAUUGUCAAGAAGUGGAACAAUUGAAUUCAAUAAAUUAAUAAAUCAAUACGACCGAUACAUUUAUCUUCUCAAAUGCUCUAUAUGCAGUAUUCACUUAUGUGGUGGUGUUAUUUCGGAGUUAAUUUAUAUUUUUAUUCACUUAAAUAAUAAACAAUAAAAAAUUUGA